AUGUCGACCUUCAACCUGCCCAACGCAACACCACCAAUUCCAGUGGCACUGCCUUCGAACCUACCACAAGAAGCCCUCCUCUCGUUUCCAGCCUUCAAGAAUUGGCUUGCCACGCUGCAACAUUCCUUAUCGCUCCAGAGCAACAAGUCACACACCUUCCACGCGAAUCCCUACGCCCUCAAGAGUAUCGAGGUUCAGGCCGUCGAUUGGUUUGGGAAGAGACCAGGCUUUAUCAAGCUGCAGGCAAAGGUAGAGAAUGACAAGGGCGAGAGUCUGCCUGGGGCUGUGUUCUUGAGGGGAGGUAGUGUAGCUAUGCUGCUCAUUCUUCAACCCGACGAUGUUUCCACCGACACCGAGAAAGACAAACACGUCCUCUUGACCGUUCAACCCCGAAUCGCAGCCGGAUCUCUCGAACUCAUCGAACUACCCGCAGGCAUGCUAGACGACGGCACCUUCUCUGGAACUGCUGCUAAGGAAAUACAAGAGGAGACCGGGUUGGAGGUCCCAGAAUCUGAACUCGUCAAUAUGACGGAGCUGGCUUCAGCAUCAACCUCCAGCUCCAACGGUGUCGAGAGGCUACAAACUGCCAUGUAUCCUUCGCCAGGCGCAUGCGACGAGUUCAUCGCGCUCUUCUUACACCAGAAGCGCAUCCCUCGAUCCCAACUUGACGAGUUCCGUGGCAAGCUAACCGGCCUGCGUGACGAAGGAGAGAAGAUAACCCUGAAAUUGGUGAGGCUGGAAGACCUGUGGCGUGAGAGUGGACGGGACGCGAAGGCCCUGGCAGCUUGGGCGAUGUACCAGGGAUUACGAGGAGAGGGCAAGGUCUAG